AUGUCAGUUUUACAACAAACUUGGAAGACAUUAAGUAUCUCAUUAACUGAUGCCAUUCUUACCAUAUCAAUGAACCGUCCAAAAGCCAAUGCUAUGUCACCAGAAUUACUCAAUGAACUUAUUCAAACUUUCAAUCAAGCUUCAAAUGAUAAGAAAAUCAAAGGUGUUCUUCUACGUUCUAAUUUAAAUUCAACAUUCAGUGCCGGUGCUGAUCUUUCAACAGUAUAUAAUUUGUCUGUUGCUGGCGAACGAUCAGCCAUUGAUGAAUUCGUCUUUGAUACACUUAGUCGUGGUAUUUCUGCUCCUCUACAUUGUUCAAAACCAGUUGCAUGUUCACUUGAUGGUCAUACUAUUGCUGGUGGUCUUAUACUUGCUCUUGCAUGUGAUUAUAUUGCAAUAGGUACACGAAAACCAUUUCGUAUUGGUAUUACUGGACCACUUGUUGGUAUUCCAUAUCCUUUAAAAGCACUUAAACUUGCUCAGCACCAACUUGAACCUCAAUUAGCUUAUCGACUUCUUGUUGAUGCGAAUCUUUUUUCAUCAAAUGAUUUUUCGAUUCGAUGUGAAAGAAGUGAAACACCAGAUGAUUUAGCACGAAAAUGGUUAAAAAUGAUAUGUGAACGACCAUUACAAGGUUUUCAAAUAACGAAAAGAAAAUGGUGGUCGGAUAUAAUCAAAUUAGAUUCUAUUGAUAAUGAACAAGAAAAAAAAGAAUAUUUUGAAGCAGUUACAAGUGACGAAUGUAUGCAAGCGAUGAAAAAAGCGUUAACUAAAGAUAAUAAAUAA